GGGAAGAGACGCUUAUGCGACGGAGGCGGCUGGCCCGAGCCAGGACCUGGACGCUGCCUAACAGUUAACCAGGAUGAAGCUGAGUCUCUCCAAAGUGGUCAGUGGGUGUCGUCUUGGGAUACUGACAAACCUUGGCAAGAAUGGGGUUCAAACCAUGGAGCUUCCAGGCUGCCUACUGUAUACCAAAACAGGAUCCCCACCGCACCUUGCCCAUGAUACACUGCAGGCAAUUAAAGGGGUUCCUGCUGUUGUACAGCUCACGCUUUCAACUCUGGUAGAACUUCACGAGGUCUUGGAGGAAUAUAAAGAAGGAAUUGGGAAAUUUAUAGAUAUGCCAGAGUCAGUGCUGUACUGCUCUCUCCAUGACCCCGGUACCCCCUGCCCACCUGGCUACAACAACAACAAGACAGUGUCCGUAUGGGGAUACGGAGGGCGAAUGGAAAUGACAGCUUCCAAGUUCAUGAGCAUGCAGCGUGCUCUCCAGCCAGAUUGGCUUCAGUGCCUCUCUGACGGAGACACUAUUUCUGGUGAAACCUCCAGAAAACGGGCCAAGAAGUCUGUGGACCGGUCGCUUUCCUUCCUGGAUGAGUGCCUUCAGCUGCAGGAGAAAUCACCGGAGCUGCAGGGCAGUGUGAUGGUUGGAGUGAUCGAAGGCGGGGAUGUGUUGGAGGAGAGACUCAGGUCGGCUAAAGAGACUGCCAAGCGACCUGUGGGUGGUUUCCUGCUGGAUGGUUUUCAGGGACAAGCCAUGGCCAAGGAGACCAAGCUGAAACUGAUGGCUGCUGUCACAGUGGAGCUGCCAGAGGAUAAACCAAGACUCAUUCAUGGUAUUGGCAAGCCAGACGAGGUACUCGAGUGCAUCGAAAGAGGAGUGGACGUGUUUGAGAGCUUUUUUCCCUACCAGGUGACAGAGCGGGGCUGUGCCCUAUCCUUCAGCUACAAUUACAAUCCUGACCCUGAAGCUGCAGUCAUUAAACAAAAUGGGAUCCAGGAUGCAGGAAAAAAUGGCACUGAAAAAGACAUAAAUGAAACCUCAAAAGCUGACCCAGAAAUAACUUCGUUCGAGAUAUUUUUGAAGGAGAAAAGGUACCAGGAUGAUUUUGGUCCCUUGGUGCAUGGAUGUACCUGUUACUGCUGUCAGAACCAUAGUCGAGCCUACAUCCAUCACCUCCUGGUGACCAAUGAGCUGUUGGCUGGUGUCCUGCUCAUGAUGCAUAACUUUCAGCACUACUUCAGCUUCUUCCACUCCAUCCGAGAUGCACUGAGAGAUGACAGGCUGGAUCAGCUGAAGGAGCUCAUCUUCAGGCAGGCACUCUGAGCCCCAGGAAAUGCAUAGCCAGGCCAGUGAGUGUAGGGGAGAAGAGGUGAGAGAGAACUAGUGAAGUGGGGAAGGCUCCAAGUUUUGUCACUUCCCAAGGGGAUCAUAUUAUCUGGAGUGCCUGCAGUGUAUUCUGGAUUUGUGAGGCUAGAUGACAGGAAAGGAGGAUUUUUCCCCUUGCACCAGUUAAGUGGAGGAAUUGGAAGGGAGACUAGCUGGAAAAGACCCUCUAGAGGCUUGCAGGACCAGUGCAACUACCUUUGUAUUCAGUGAUCAAACAGCAUUUCUGGGGGCAACAGAACUCUCAGGCUUGGGGUGGGGAGAAAAGGAGACGGAUGCAUUAGGGGAGACUCACAGCUGCCAUUUUGGGCUGUUGCUUCAACCUCAGUGAAUGAAACAGAUGAAUGUCAGUCUAAUUAGGAUUUGUAUCUCUUCAAAGAAAUCCUUGUGGGGGACAAGGGAAGGGAUAGUCUUCACGAAUUUGCUUGGAAUGAGGUUCAGCCUCAUCCUAACACCUCUCUUCUCAAGGCCACAGCCAACAUUCCUCCUACUGAUGUUGACUGCAUGGGAGGCUUUCGAAGCUGUUCCAUGCCAGCCCCUCUUCCUCCUCUCCUCCAUGCUGCCUCACAGUUCCUGUCCAGGGAGAGAGGGAUAGUAUAUAGCUUAUAGCUAUCUCCCAUGUCGCAAUUCAGAGCACUUGCCAAUAAGCCAGCACACCAAUCCCCCUUGGGACCCUCCAACCUAGGUCUGGCCUUGCAUGGUACUGCAGAGCAUCAGCCACAGGGCUGGUCCCCAUCCGUGGCUCUUUGGGCAUUUGAUCUAUAGUCUUUCUGGCUAUAUAUUCUGCUACAGGGUUUUUUGACUCUGCCAUUCUGCCUUUAUGAGCUAGAAUCUCACUCCCAGACUGGCAUGUGGAUGGCACUGAACAUGCUACAGUCACGUUGGCUAUAUUUGGCUGCUGAGAUCCUAGUGGAUUACACAAACGCUGAUGUGAGAUGAAGCCGCAUAAAUGAUCGAGACCCCACAGGACAAGGCAUUGUUUUAAAACCAUAUGAUUCCUUUUUUAAUAUUUUUCUCUGUUAUAAUCCUCUUACUAGGUUUUUUAUGUCCCUUAUACUGGAAUCAUUGAUGUAUUUAUCUCAUUUUAUGAAAACAUCAAUAAAACUAUUUU